CCCCCGGCACGCGAACCAGCGAGCAGAGCACCCGCGCCUCCACCAUUUCUUAUCUGCGUCCGCGCUCUUGGCCCUGGAUCAUGCAGCGCCAAGCCGCGAGUCCCAGGCACGCGAUGUAACUCGAGGCGGAUUCGCGCUUUUGGGGAGUGAUCGACGGGAGACACCAUUGUGCAGUGGUGAGUGGCGUGGCGUGAGGGGGAGGGGAGACUGCAGGCUGCGAAUCUGCGAGUGAGAUGCGGAGCUCAUGCCCAGGUUAUAAAAGGGCGAUCGUCGCUCCCGAGAUGAGGACAAAGAAGUCUAGUGCAGGCGUGUUUGCUUUUUCUUCUUUCAGUUCACGAUGAAGUCCCUCGCUCUCCUUGCCUCCCUUGCCUCCCUGGCACCCCUGGCCCUCACUGCGCCAGAGGCGUCCUGGAAGAAGCUGGUUACUCCGGAAGCCCUCCAAAAGCAAGUCCGCCUCUCAGACCUCCUCGAAGGCGCCAAGCAGCUCGAAGAAUUCGCCUACGCCUACCCCGAGCGCAACCGCGUCUUCGGCAGCAAAGCGCACAACGACACGGUCAACUGGCUGUACCGCGAGCUCAAGCGCACGGGGCACUACCAUGUCUGGAAGCAGCCGCAGGUGCACCUCUGGAGCGACGCGCAGCAGUCGCUUGCUGCCAAUGGGGAAGAUUAUGAGGCGACCGCCAUGACAUAUACACCCAGCACGGAGGUCACUGCUGAGCUUGCUGUCAUUGAUACGCUUGGCUGCAGUGCCGAGAAUUUCCCCGCUGAUGUCGCGGGGAAAGUUGUCCUCGUGCAGCGCGGCGAGUGCACCUUUGGUGAAAAGUCUGUGUAUGCUGCGCAGGCUGACGCCGUCGGGACAAUCGUUUACAACAACGUCCCUGGGUCACUAUCGGGAACACUCGGCGCAGCAGAGAGCGAGCUGGGCCCCUACUCGCCCAUCGUCGGCGUCAGCCAAGAAGUCGGCGAAGCCCUCCUCGCCCUUGCUGCCGAAGGCACCGUGACCGUAGACCUGGUCAUCGAUGCCAGGCUGGAGAACCGAACAACAUACAACGUCAUCGCGCAGACCAAGACCGGCGACCCAGACAAUGUCGUCUCGCUAGGAGGACACUCCGACUCUGUCAACGCCGGCCCCGGAAUCAACGAUGACGGCUCGGGCAUCAUCUCGAACCUCGUCAUCGCCAAGGCGCUCACGCGCUUCCGCACCAAACACGCCGUGCGCUUCUUCUUCUGGACCGCCGAAGAAUUCGGCCUCCUGGGCUCCGACUACUACGUGUCCAGCCUGACCCCUGAGGAGCUCGCCAAGAUCCGCCUGUACCUCAACUUUGACAUGAUCGCCUCGCCCAACUACGGCAUCCUGCUGUACGACGGCGACGGGUCCGCGUUCAACCUGACCGGCCCGCCGGGCUCCGACUCGAUCGAGAAACUCUUCACAGACUACUUCGCCGACCGCGGCGUCGGCUCCGUCGAAACCGCCUUUGACGGGCGCUCCGACUACGAAGCCUUUAUCCUCAACGGCGUCCCCGCCGGCGGCGUCUUCACCGGCGCCGAGGGCCUGAAGAGCGAAGAGGAAGCCGCGCUGUGGGGUGGGGAGGCGGGCGUGUCGUACGACGUCAACUACCACCUGGCGGGCGACAACUUUGAGAAUCUGAACCACGAGGCGUUCCUGCUCAACUCGCAGGCGACGGCGUUCGCGGUCGCCACGUAUGCGAAUGAUCUCUCGAGUAUUCCGGCGCGGAGUCCCGUGGGUGUUGUCAAGAGGGCGGCGCAUCAUAAGCGGGCGGUGUUCCAUAAGCCUGGGAAGAGGAGCCCGAGUCAUCGCCAUGGGACUGGCUGUGUGCAUGAUCGGGUUGCACUUUAGAUGGCGAUGGCCUGUUUGUAUCCAUGUAGCAUGCCUACCUUGGGGUUGCCCUGUGAAUGAGGUGAUAUAUGAAAAUGACCGACAAGAACUCAUGACCGUGACAUGAUGCGAUGUAAUGCUUCUCUUCCAAUAUGGCAGGGAGUAUACUGUGCGUGAUCCUAGAUAGGCUUUCCAGGCAUAUCUACUCUAGAAUAAACAUCGCAGGCUGUUGCUCGAAUACGGGAACAGUUGUAUCUAUUCUGCAGACAAAACCGGUGAACUAAUAUCCGUACCUUCCUUUCCUUCAUUUGCCUCAUUCUCCCUUUCGCCUUGCCUUGGGGAUCAAAGAGCAUUCCCCCCAGCCCUCCACAUUUUAUCUCAAUACGCUCUCACAGCCGCCAAAUCCUACCUUUGGG